UGUUGUAGUAAAUGGAAUAAAGUGUAAGAAGAUUAGGAGAUUAUCAAUUUGAUACAAAAUAUCUAUUGGGAGAGGGUGCUUUUGGGAAGGUUUACAGAGGAAGUAAAUUGACAACAAACUAGGAAGUAGCUAUUAAAAAAAUUGAUAGCUCAAUGAUUAAUAAAGAUCAAUAUUUAGUUGAUGCAUUAAGUAUCUAUGUAGAAUGAAAAUGUUUUAGACUUUGAGAUCCAAAUAAUGAAAUAACUUGAUCAUCCAAAUAUUGUGAAGUUUAUAGAUAAAUUUAAUACUGAUCGUUCAAUCUAUAUAGUUACAGAGUAUUGUGCCGAUGGAGAUUUAAGAAAUAUUAUGAAGGGGAGACGUAUUCCAGAAUCAGAAGUUAAUUAGAUUUUCUCUUAAUUAGCUAGUGGAUUUAAAGAAUUGGUAAAAGCAAAUAUCAUUCAUCGAGAUUUGAAACCAGCAAAUAUUAUGAAUCAUAGAGGAGUAGUAAAGAUAGCAGAUUUUGGAUUUGCGAAAAUAGUAGAUAAUUUUAGUGGAGACUUGUUAAAAACUUGUGUUGGUUCGCCAUUGUACAUGUCACCAUAAAUAUUGAAAAGAGAGAAAUAUACAACAAAAUCUGAUAUAUGGUCAUUAGGAAUAAUUUAUUAUGAAAUGAUCUAUGGUAUGGCUCCAUGGACAGGUGUAGAUGAAAAGAGUUUAACAUAGAAUGUGAUGAAGUAGGCUUUGAGAUUUCCUGUUGGUACUUAGCUUUCAGAUUUUGGAAGAAACUUUUUAAGUAGAGCUUUAGAGAAGGAAGAAAGUAAAAGAAUGGAAUGGACAGAAUUAUUCUCCAUGUUUGAAUUACAAAAGAAUAAUAUAGAAAUUAUUUAAUUUAAUUCAAAUAUGAAUGGUAGUUAUAUACUACUAGAAUAACCAUAAUAGCAAUAACAUUAAUAGCCUUUAUUUUAGAGUGAUGCCACUUUUUAAAAGUUUCAGAGUCAAUUAAAUUCCUAUAAUUUAUUAAGGAUGUAAUACAAUUUUUCUCAUUUUGCUAAUGUGGAAAUGACUUAACAUAUAACAACUAUUUCUCAAUACUAUAAAAAGGAAAUGUAAUUUGAAUUACUUUGUUUAUUAUCAUCCAAAUUCAUAGCAAACUCAUUUAAAGGAUUACAAUCCAAUAUAUUUGUUUUGCUUGAAUAAUAUAAAAAAACUUCAGAAUACAUUAGAUUUAUUGGUCAAUUAUAAACAGAAAGUUAAUUAGCCCUAGAAUUAUUUAAUAAUACUAUGUAAUAUUUUGAUCGCAUUGGACUCUUAUGUAAUCUUAGACUUUUGAGUGAAUUUUAAUAGUUUAUUGAAGGAGUAGAUUUAAAUGAAAACUAAAUGAAUUAACUUGAAAAAAUAAUUAAGGAAAGAGUAAUUAGUAUCACCAAACAAGUCUUAUUAAUUACUAAAGAAAAUGAUGUCCUAAGUUUAUUAGAUUAUAUGAUGGAAAUGUGUUUAACUAGAGGUAAAAUUAUUAAUGGAAAUGCAAAUAUAGAUUUCUCAUUAAUACAUGAAAAAAAAUAAACUACAGAUUAUUCGGCCUAACUAAAUUUUAAAUUAAAUGAGUUAUAUAGUUUUUGAAUUU